UGUAUCGAGUAGAAAUACCACAACUUACAAUUAUCUGUGGACAGACAUACUUUGAAGCAGUCGAAAAGAACAGAAUCAGCGUAUUUUCGCUGUUCCAUUGAGGAACCAUGAGUGGCGCAACUUUGCUCGCACUCGUUUCCUUUUCGUUCUGCUUGCUCGCGAAUUCUCGUCGAACACCCGUGGUAAAUACGUCGAUCGGGCCUGUACGAGGCUUGAUACUGCAAACAUACUGGAAUGGAAUCGAGUAUUCGUCGUUCAGAGGAAUCCCUUACGCGCAACCACCGGUUCGUCAGCUCAGAUUCAAACCCCCAGUGCCCAUUAAACCAUGGAGGAAAGUGUUAAACGCUUACCAAGAGGGUAAUGUGUGUCCACAGAAGGAAUUUCAAACCGAUCUUCUGAUAGGCGAUGAAAAUUGUUUGUUCCUUAACGUUUUCACUCCUGAGACGAGGUUCAACAGACGGUUGCAUCUGAGACCAGUUAUGGUGUGGAUCCACGGAGGUGCCUAUAGUUCAGGCUCCAGCAACACGUCUCUAUACGGACCUGAUUUCUUUUUAGAAGAGCACCUCGUUGUCGUCAGCUUCAAUUAUCGCCUUGGACCUCUCGGAUUUCUGACACUGAAGCAUCCGGAUGCAACAGGAAACGCUGGUCUGAAGGAUCAGAAUCUAGUUUUGAAAUGGGUGCAGACGAAUAUCGCGAUGUUCGGGGGUGAUCCGAGACAAGUGACAAUUUUUGGAGAAAGUGCUGGUAGCACUGCUGUGGGUUUCCACGUGUUGUCUGAACGAUCAAGAGGUCUGUUUCUACGAUCGAUUAGCAUGAGCGGUACACCCUUGUGCCCGUGGGCAUACCACACCCCAGAGAAUAUCAUUGCGAACGCUUAUCAUAUUGCGGCAUCCCUUAACUACGUCCCAAAGAGCAAGAACGAUUUGCUGAAUUUUUUUCAACGUGCUCCUGCAAUGGAUCUUGCACGUGUUGGGUCAACGAUCGGAUUGGAUUUCCUGCCAUUUCGACCGACGAUAGAAGAUCCCAGAAUCGAUCCCACUAAUAGCUCAUUUUUGACGGAGUGUCCUAUAACUCAGUAUUCUAAUGGAAAUUUCUAUCGACACGCAAUGAUGAUGGGCUAUACUCGAGAUGAAGUAAUUCUAUUCCUAGGCCCACCGAUCGGUAUAGCGAAUAUAAUCGAUUGGGCUAAAAGGUACAUCAAUCAGAUGACCGAACGUCGUGGACAUAUGAACGCUGAACCGAUGGAUCAAACAGCGUUACUCGUGCAAAGAAUCUACAAUGCUACCUAUGACGAAGCUAUGAAGAUUGCAACGGACGUUUUCUUCAGUGGUCCUAUCGAUCUAACUCAAAGACUCUUGGCGAAACACAACGCCCAGUAUCCUAUCUAUUACUACCGAUUGUCAUACGAAACGGAAUAUUCUAUGCAUAAAUUGUAUGAAAAUCCUUUGAAUGGAACUUCUCAUUUCGAUGAUAUCGGAUACAUAUUUUACGUACACAAUCUUAAAGCACCCAGGGAUGGAAGGCACCCUUUCAAUAGAUUCAGAAAAAAGAUGGUCAGCAUGUGGGCUAACUUUGCCAAAUACGGAGAUCCAACACCGAAGCAUUUAAUGAAUUCUAAUUACAACGUGACUUGGAAAAGUUCUGAUCAGACUGGCUUGCAGAUAGAACUCGAUGAAAAUGAGGUGAUGCAUAAUCGUACAGUAGACGAUGGGACAGAAACAUAUAUGAAAAUUUUGGACGCGGCGUUACCGGUGAUUAGCUCCUGCGUGAAGAUACCAACGAUCCAUACAGAUAUCUUUUGAUAUUUGUAAUAUAAGACUCUUGUUUGGAACGUCAUCUUUUGGCAAAAAGCUCUGUAUAAUACUGUA